AUGGCAGACUACGAGCCCGCGGGGACGGGCGUGCUCAUGCGCCUGUACUUCCCCACCGACGUCGCGCCGCCGUCGUCAUGGCGCCGAUCGCCGUUCGGAGACAGGCCGUGCUGGAUGCCGAACGCGACAGGAUUCUGCGUCUUCGCGCACGCGUUCGGACGGCUGCUGGGGGACACGAUUCCGGCGUCGAUGGACCGCGCGCCGUCGCGCGCGGUCGCCGCGGAGAAGAAGAAGGCCGAGUCGUCGUCGUCGUCGGAGACGAAGAUGCCGCUGGUCGUGUUCUCGCACGGGCUCGCGGGGACGCGCACGAUGUACGCCGCGCUCUGCACGUCGUUGGCGUCGCAAGGGUACCUCGUCGCCGCGAUCGAACACAGGGACGGCUCCGCGUCGUGCGCGAGUCACGUGGACGAGAGCGCCGGCGAGGUG